GAGGAUGAUGGAGGGGAUGCUGCUGGCGUGGGCCAACUGGAGCACGCUGCUGGUGUGUCUGCUCCUCAAAAUCCCGCAAAUCGUCGCCCUGCGGGCCGCCCGCACCUCCAGGGGCGUCAGCCGCCGAAGUUUGCUGCUCGAGCUGGGCGGAUUCCUCGUGUUUCUAAGGUACCAGAGUUAUUACGAUUACCCUUUGAUAACGUAUCUGGAAUACCCAAUCCUUAUCGCACAAGAUAUCGUUGUGUUGCUGUGUGUGUUCCACUUCGAUGGGCAUGUGAACCAAGCAUUGCCGUACCUAGCUGGAUUUUUGGUUGGAUGGUAUCUACUAACCCUUCAGAAAUGGAUAAUAGACUUGGCAAUGAACCUUUGCACUUUCAUCAGUGCCGCCAGUAAAUUUGCUCAGCUGCAGUGUCUGUGGGAGACGAGAGACUCUGGUGCAGUGAGUGCCCUGACCUGGGGCAUGUCUGCAUACACCUGUGCAACAAGAAUAGUAACAACUUUAAUGACCACAAAAGAUUUGAUGGUUCUUGUCCGGUUUGUAGUCAUGUUGGUUCUAAAUAUAUGGGUGACUGCUACGGUCCUACGCUACAGGAAGACUACAACAAAAGCUGAUUAAGACUGGUCAGCCCUCAAUGAAAUGCAGUCAACCACCCGUCAAAGAAAACUCCAAACCUCUUCAUAUCUUUCUCAGCUCUACUGAAGAAUGUAUGCAUUAAUUCUUGCAAGACUCAGGCGAAGUUGGAACAUGUGUGGAAUUAUCAAGUUGGUCCUGUGGCCUCAUUUAUAUCAUUACACAUUUAUCUACAGUCUAAGUCCUUAGAUGACUCAUCCUCAUAACGUGACUAAAGCAUAGGCUGACCCCCACCUCCUUGACUCAUUUUAUGUAGAGGAACUAGUCAGGCCUGGGGGAUUUUGUCAGUCACAAAAGAAAGUAGGGGUAGAGCAGAGAUUUAAACCAAAGGUUUGCUUCCUCUUAACCCCGAUCCAAACACACUCACCAAGCCUGGCAGGGAUCAACGCCCAAGCCAAUCCCUCUUAUACACCCUUUGACUUUCACCCCCACAUACCAUUUCAAGGCUGAAAUAAUGUUUUAGCCAUUUGCUACAAGGGAUGAGAUUGUCUGAUAUACCUUUAAAGGUGUAAUCCUAACCCAGUCAGAGGCGGAACAAAGUGCCCACCAUUAAAAGGACCCUGCCUGACUGGAGUUACCUCAAGGAAAAGUAAUUGGAACCAGGAUUAAUUUACCUGCUGAACAUGCUUUGCCACUUUAAAGACUUAAAUAAAAUGAAUGUAUAUUUCAGUCUUAUUUUUCAAGUUUAAUGGCUUUCCUUCUUAGCUCAGCAACUUACUGUGGAAAAACUUUG